AUGUCCUCCUCUCAAGGAAAGUCCAGCUCUUCCCAAUAUGAGCCUCUUUCACUACAAGAUGAUGGAGAAGGCUCCAGCGCAACUUUUGAGAAGCGCUCCUCCGAGGACGACCACUCUACCCCCUUGUUGGAAGCCUCGGACAACCUCCCCGCCCUCGCGCCAUCCAAGCCCUCCCAGCUGCCCAAGCUCAUCCUCUAUUUCUCCUUCGCCCUAGCGCUGCUAUCAGCUGUGAAUGUCGCUCUCCUUCCCACUACACUAUCAAAGUACCAAGCCUACCCCUUCUCUGACUCUGACCUCGAGGCCCUCCCCUAUGGCGACGCUAGGCUGGGAUUGGACAGGGUAGCGAAAUUCAUUCCCCCUCCCAAGGUCUAUCACCACACUUGGCCGGAUAGAAUUGCACGAGUGAGCCGGAGAUUGAAGAAUGCCGUGUGGGGUCAGGGGGUGCAGGUCUAUGUUACUGUCGAGGACUCGACAAUUAUGCGCUUUCCCAUCUCCCCCACCGGCGUCAACACCUGCGCACUCUCCUGGCGGCCACCUCCCGAGUUCUCUCCGCGUGCCAAAGACCUCACAACCAAGGGAGAUAUAACAGAAAUUGAAGUCUGGCAGCUUAUCGCACCCUCAGACAUCUUGGCUAACGUCUCUUCCACUAUGGACGAGCUCGAUUAUGAUACCUUAUCGUAUUCGACCCUUCCCGUGCGCGGGGAGCUGCUCGGCGUACUUGACCUUACAGCCAAGCCGAACAGCACAACACUGGAGUUCGCCUGUCCCCGCGGGGCGGAGAGUCUAGUAGUGGAAAUGAGGUGCCAGCGCGUGGCGUGUCAUGUGAGCUUUAUGCAAAUUCAUAUAGCACCGAGCUUUGGGUUUGAGUUGCUUGAGAGAGCAUAA